AUGUCCAAAAGAAACCCUUACACACGUCCGUGUGAUUCAUGUAGUAUAAGAAAAGUUAAAUGUGAUCUACAAGUCCCUUGUUCAAGAUGUGUAACUCAUAAUCUAGAAUGUACUAAUAAAAGAAUAAGAAAAAAAUGUGGUCCUAAAAAAAUUCAUGAAAAAACUAGAGAAGCAAUUAAAAAUUUAAAUGAAUCAGAGAAUAUUUUUACACAACAACUUCAAACUGAUCAUUUCAUACCAGCAUUUGCUUUAGAUAAAUUAUUACCAAGUCUAAAUUGUUACCAAACAUGGUAUUAUGGUAUUUGGCCUGUUGUUUCAAUAGCGGAAAUCACUGCCAGAGUAGCUCAAAAUGAUGUAUCAGCGUAUGCAUUAGCUUGUGCUAUAAGUGCAGCCAUAUUAAAUCAAGUGACAUUUAUUUCAAAUAAUUCUUUAUAUUGUAUUCCUCAGAAUAUUAAAGAUUUAAAUUUUGUUGGAGAAUGUAUAAGGGCAAGAACAUAUAUGAAUUAUCAAUAUACUCCGACAUUAGAAAUUCUAUUAACUUCGUUUUUUUUACACGUUGCCGAGGUUAAUAAAGGAAGUAAAGCAGCUGGGGUAUUAUAUUUAAGAGAAGCUAUUACUAUGGCACAAGUUAUUGGACUUCAUAAAGAAUCUACUUAUCAAUCAAAAUCUAUUGCUGAAGCUCAUAGAAUGAGAAAAAUUUAUUUUUUAUUAUUAGUAACGGAAAGAUUUAUGUGUUUAGAUGAUUCAAUUCCAGUUGUUUUAGAUAAUUCAAUAAGAGAAUUUACACUUAAUGAUGAAGAAUAUUCUGUUUUAAUUGAAGGAUUUAAACAAUUAGUUCGAGUAUUUGCUAUUCCACUGAAAUCUAUAUUUGAUAAUUUUAUUCAAUUAAAUGAUUCAAAAUCAAUGCCUCCGGAAGCGGCAGUUCUACUUAAUAAAAUACAAAUGGAAUUAGAUUCUAUUCGUAUAUCACCAAUUGCUCCAGAUAUUCAAAAGGCAAAUAUCAUGGUUAGUAAAUAUUGGAUGAAAGCAUUGACUUGGAAAAUAACUAGAAGUAACAAUCUACUAGAUGAUUUUAAUGUUUCAUUAUCAGUUAAUUAUCCUUUAGAAAUGGUAAAAAGAUUUUUAUUUGAAAUUAAAGAAUUACCAUUGUCGGCAUUUGAAUCAAAUGGUCCAGGGGUAGGAUUUAAAUUAUUAACAAUGGCAACGGGCUUAAUUGAUUCCAUUGAUCUUAGUGGUAAUUCAAGUGGAUAUGAUUAUUUACAACAAAUAUUUGAUUUGAUUUCAAAAUUAAAAAAUACAGAGAUUAUUUUACCUAGAAGAGAAUAUGAACAAGUUAAGGAGGCUUUAAAUAAAGUUCAAACUGAUUUAUUAUUUAAUAGUGCGCAACAAGGUGGUUAUAUAUCUGAAGUUGACUCAAAUGGUUCAUUAGAUGCAUUUUUAAAUGAUCCAAGAGUAUUUUAUCCAACAGGUAAUGAAACUCCAACUGAUCCAAAUUUCAUUGCCAGAUAUCCAUCAUGA